UAUGACAGAAAAUGGCGAACGUGGAUAUGUGCCGCUUGGAUAUUGCCGAGAAAGAAUAUCUUUCAUUCACGGAUAUUAACAAAGUGUUCAACAAUCCCAUUAACGAGGAGCAAGCAUGGGCUGUGUGCUACCAGUGUGCUCAAUAUUAUUUAACAGGACAGCCUCAGGAAAAAUACCAGGAACUUUUUAUAUAUGGAAGCGAAUCUUUGCGAUUGGGGAAAGAUGGGGAAGUACACAUAAACAUCUUAUGUAACGGGUCUGGCAAAGGACCCCCACCAAAACGAAGUUCCCUUUACAAGAAAAGUAGUCACAUUGCCACAGAACAAGAUGUACUACGAGUUCUCGGUACAAUUAUUUUCCGUGCCCUCGAUUACGGAUUGGGCGAACACGACGAGCGGAUCCUGUCACAUGACCUCCAGGACCUGAUCGACGGCAUGACGUGCCUGGACGACGACGACGACGAGGAGGAGGCUCAGUGGCAGGACGACGAAGGUAUCGGCAGGGAGCCCGAGGAUGAGGACGAGCGGCAGCGGCAGGCCGAUAACAAGAGAUUCACGUUCUUUGAUGUCGUCAUGCUAUGCACGAGACGUUUGUCAUCACGUCAAGAUGCAAGACAUCACUACAAAGCUGUCUGCCGCGCGUUGGUCACCGAAGCCCAAGAACUUAUAUCAUUCCUUGAUACGAUAUCCACAGAAAAACAACAUCUUGCCAAGACUUCAAACGAUGUAGUAGCCACUGUCGAGGAAUUACAAAGAGGAGACUGGGCUUGGCUAUGGGUGCAAGUGAUGAGACAGUUGCGGCAUGGCGUCCGUCUUAAAAAAGUGGAACAAAUCAACUUCAGUCAGCCACCCUCAGAGUUUGAGAUGACACCAUUUGAGAUGAUACUCGACGACAUACGAUCUCGUAGAUACACGCUGCAGAAAAUCAUGGUUAAUGCCGAUUACCAUCCAACAGUGAGAAAUGAUGCCCACACUGUCAUCCUUGACUUCAUCCGAUCCAGACCACCAUUAAGAAAAGUUAAUGAUAGGAAGUUAAAACCGAAGCCAGUUGUUGCUCCUGGUCCAAUAGAAUCUCUGCUGAAUGACAUCCGGUCUAUGCCCAAACUUAAACCAGUAAAAAAUGGCCGAUUAGUUGGUGAGUCGUCUGCCCAGACGUCUGCUAGAGUUGAGACGUCCCGGACAAAGUUAAACACAAAGGACGAAGAAGAAGAACCACAGCCAGCCAGAAAGGUCAUCAAGCCCGACUUCUCCCUACUCUUCAACACCAGUACAGAGAGCGAAGCAUCUGACGACGAGUUUGAACCAGAGGAGAAGGUUCGCCGUCGCAGCGUCGCCAUCAGUCAGGUGUCGCCUAUGUCCCCUGUGUCGCCCAUCAAAGACCCAAGCACGGAGACCGUCCGCCACAGACCAGCUACCAGGGACCAGUCCAUGCAGGAGAGGGUGUGCAAGCUGCAGCGCCGGCACACGAUCAUGGUGUGCGAGUCUCCCACAGACGGCAGCAAGGUAGUCCAAAACGAGUUACCUCCCCUCACGGAGGACCCUGAACGAGAAAGCGAGGAGGAGGCGGAGCUCGAAUCGCAAUCCCAGGGUGCAUGUGCACGACUCUCUAGUCAUGUCUGUUCUGCUGAAUCGCUACGGCAACACAAUCAUUCUCUUCAGGCUAGUCAGAAUAACUGUUGGCACUCGGCGGGCCUGCGGUCUGAGCGCAAGUCGUCGAUCGUGAGUCUCAGUGCCAUCCCUGAGGUGGACGACAGUCCCACUGACAGCUCUGAAGGGCAUGAGUGUGUCUCUGACACUAACGGCGACGUCAGUAUUUCCCAACUGAGUGCGUCCGAACUGAUGCAUGUUAGCUGGAAGACCGCAUGCCAGCGCAGUUCGGGCAGCUGUUCUGCUUCCUCUUGCCAGGACUGCCGUCCGAAACCCGGGCCACUAUGUGAGUUACUUGAGAAUCUCUGGUUCUUUACAGUAGUAAAGAAACGCUGGCAGAAUCCUAUAGAAUGUCUGAACCUCACUCUGGAAGAAGUGACCCACAUUCGGUCGGUGCUCACGAAGGCGGAGUUAGAAUCUCUAAUAACACAGCCCACUCUCUACUCGCAGGUGUCGAAAGGAAAGCUGUGUUUUACUUGCAAGAAGAGCAAGUUUACGAUCUUUGGAGAGUGGGGUACAAAAUGCAAGUUCUGUAAGCGAACUGUCUGCAGUAAAUGUCUCCGAAAGAUGCAUGUGCCGACCGAGCACUUUAAGAAUAUUCCUGUGUACACACUCAGUCCCACACCCAUUAGCCCCGAGACCAAAGAAGCAAUCCAAAAGUUUAUCAACUCGGCUCCCGUCGGUUCAGUCCCGGUGGCAUCUGAAUCCCAACAGAGGCGAGUAAAUCUGGACAACCGGCCAGGCAAGAAGAAGCCGCUGCAGCGAUCUCAGUCAAUGCUGGUGAAGCCGUCGCCGUCGGCUGACACCAAGGGCCCACUGAUGAACAUUUGUUGUGACUGUAAAGCUUUAGUGACGGAGAUUGUGCGGGCUGGCCGCACUUCCAUAUCACUGAUAAACCAGAACAAAGACGGCUCUGUCGAAGGUGCAGCCAAGUGAAAUAGGCAGUUGGUGUUUUGAUAGCGGAUUGUGAUAUGAGUUUCCUCUUCAGGGUGAUCAGCAGUUAAAUACAAAUAUAUAUAUAUAUGAAUAUAGAAAUGUUCUAUAUCUGUAUGUAGAAAAACACAAAAUAUGGAAGAUUUGGAAUUUUAACAAAUAUUUUAUUGUACAUACAACAUUUGUUGUGUCACGUGGUGAUGACGAUUCUGUAUUAUUUUGAAUAAUUCUUAAAGAAUUGUCAUUGGUUGUAAGAAGUACAGAAACGGUGCAGAGUUUAAAAUAAGUUCCAAGUCUUUUUGCAGAAUAUAUUCCAGAAAUCCGGAUCAUGAAGUGGAAUUUGUUUAGUUUUUUUGUUUGAAAAACAAGAAAUCUGGGUUUUAAAAUUGGAUGACGCAAAAUUAAGGAAAUAUUGUGUUGCUGCAGUUGAGUGGAAAAUCUUUUUAUCUGUAAAUGGAGGGAAUAUAGAUCUUGUGUCGAGCUGUAUUGGCAUUCAGAUCAGAUUCAUUCAACUGAAGUCUGCAUGUCGUGCCUCAGUGAGGUGUGGAUCAAUAAACCGAAAUUUCUCAUCACAGCUGAUUAACUGUAUGUGAGUGAGCUGAUCGGAUUGGUUGUGAGAACUCUAUACUUGCUGGAGUCCAGGCAUGUGGAUAUAGAUAUGUACAUGCUGAUUUCAAAAUGUGUGGAAGAGACCUGGCAAUUUACAAUGAAAGUUUGAUAGAAUCUACAAAAUUAUAACUGCAGAAACGAUGAUGUCUAUGUGUAUUUCGGACAUCAUGAGUGAAAUUCAUGACCUGAUCAAGAAAAUAAAGAUGGAAAAAGGAAAUCUUGCUUUGUCAUGGGGAUCUUGAGUUUAGAAAUUAUUUAAAGAAACACAUGAAAUCAAGUUAGUUAAGGAAAAGGGAAUGACAGUGAUUCAUAUUGAUAUUAAUAAUGCUUUAAAAUAAAAAUCACUCGUCACCAUUAA